AUGUCGGCUCAAGGAAGAUGCAAUUGCGGCAAAUUUGCCUUUGAAGUCCCACCUCUUCAAGGCAUCGCCAUCUGUCACUGCAAGCCCUGCACUCGAGCGGGAGGAAGCAUCGGCUCUUUCAAUGCCGUCAUUCCAGCCGACGGUAUCACCUUUACAAAGGGAAGUCUAAAAGAGCUGGGCAAUUAUCAGGAUACCGAGACUUCUAGUGGUAAUCCCAUGGCCCGUCACUUUUGCGGAUCUUGCGGUUCCGCCAUCAUCUCGAUUCCCAAGGGUUCUCCCAUCGGCUUCUUCAAAGUGUCUUCCUUGGACGAUGCGCAGGCGUACAUUGGCAAGGACAGGAAGCCUGAUCAAGUCAUCUUUCAAAAUAGCGCGCCAGACUUUGUCAAGAAGCUGGAUUGGGGAGAGGGCGUAAAGACGGCAUCGGAGGCCUGA